CCAGGUUCACUCCUCGAUCGGCACAGCCAUGCAUGCAUGGUGACGGAUCGCAUCGACCGACCUCCGGAGCUAUCGAUCAAGCCACGGGAUCGGGGAUCGCGUACAGUGUUUUGCGCUCUUUGAGUCUUUUCUUUUUUGAAGUGUCUCUUUGAGUCUUGACUCUCCUGGUCUCCUGACAGGAAUUAUUUAGUCUUCUUUCUUUCCUUCUUUCCACCACCAACCGUUCCUAUUUUCUUAUUCCUAUUUCGGUUCAGUAGCGGACACGGAAGCGGAAGCGGAAGCGCUGGCGGGCGAUAAAACACAGGCUACAUGUUUUCCCGGUUCUUCGUGAAUUCUUAUGUCUUCUGAGAGCCAACUUAGCUGACAUUUGUAUUUCAUCCCGUGCAGCAGCAGCGCCUCAGGAUCCAUCCACAUCCACUAGCAAACCGGGGACGAUGGCGUUCAAGAAGGAUGAUAACUUCGGGGAAUGGUACUCCGAGGUUGUUGUUAACAGUGAAAUUAUUGAGUACCAUGACAUCCCUGGCUGUUAUAUUUUGAGGCCAUGGGUGAUGGAGAUCUGGGAAUUGCUGAAAGAAUUCUUUGAUGCAGAAAUAAAAAAGCUGAAGUCGAAAUCUUAUUAUUUCCCUCUGUUCGUUACUGAGAAUGUUGUGCAGAAGAAGGACCACUUUGAGAGCUUUGCUCCUGAGGUGGCAUGGGUUACUAAAACAGGAAAUUCUGAGCUGGAAGCUCCUAUUGCAAUCCGUCCCACGAGUGAGACGGUCAUGUAUCCAUACUUCGCUAAAUGGAUAAGAAGCCAUCGUAACUUACCUUUGAGAUGCAACCAGUGGUGCAGCGUUGUUCGAUGGGAGUGUAGCAAUCCAAUUCCUUUAAUAAGGAGCCGCGAAUUUCUUUGGCAAGAAGGGCAUACAGUUUUUGCAACUAAAGAGGAGUCAGAUGAAGAGGUUCUCCAUAUAUUGGAACUCUACCGAAGGAUAUAUGAAGAAUUUUUAGCAGUUCCAGUGUCCAAAGGGAGGAAAAGUGAGAUGGAAAAAUUCGCUGGUGGACUUUAUACAACUAGUGUUGAGGCCUUCAUUCCAAACACUGGCCGUGGUAUACAAGCUGCAACUUCAAAUUGUCUUGGUCAAAACUUUGCAAAGAUGUUUGAAAUCUUUUUCGAGGGUGAGAAUGAUCCCACUCAAAAAAAGAAGAAUAAGAAAGAUAAAAGGUCCUUGGUGUGGCAGAAUUCUUGGGCGUACACCACCCGCUCGAUUGGGGUGAUGGUGAUGACCCAUGGGGAUGACAAGGGCUUAGUGCUACCACCAAGGGUGGCACCUAUCCAGGUCAUCGUUAUUCCUGAUCCAUUAUUAGAGGAUGCGGACACGGCUGCUAUUAAAGGAGUGUGUGGGACGAUUGUAUACACUCUAAACCAAGCUGGGAUUCGUGCAGACUUGGAUGCUCGUGAGAACCACGCUCCUGAAUGGAAAUAUUCUCACUGGGCAAUGAAAGGUGUUCCCCUAAGAAUCGAGAUAGAUGUGAAAGAUCUGGCAAACAAGCAGGUGCGCGUCGUCCGCCGAGACAAUGGUGCAAAGGUUGAUAUUCCUUCGACCGAUUUGGUUGAGCAUGUAAAGGUGUUGCUGGAUGGGAUUCAAGAUAGCUUGUUUGAAACAGCCAAGCAGAAGAGAGACGCUUGCAUUGAAGUCGUCCACACUUGGGACGAAUUCACAGCAGCUUUGAAUGACAAGAAGCUGAUCUUGGCUCCAUGGUGCGAGGAAGAGGAGGUUGAGAAGGACGUGAGAGCUCGGACCGAAGGCGAUCUCGGCUCUGCCAAAACAUUGUGUGCUCCAUUCGAUCAACCAGAUCUUCCAGAAGGAACUGUGUGCUUUGCUUCUGGAAAGCCCGCCAAGACCUGGUCGUUUUGGGGCCGCAGCUAUUGAUUGAAUCUUCUCCGUGUGUGCCAUGGUAGAUGAUACCGCCUGCCAUGCUGGGAUUUUUUCGCCAUUCCUUGCCAUUUGGGGAGCCCAUUGAUUUUGAAUAGACCUGCAACCUUGGAGUUCCCGCACCCGCACACGCACACACGCACACAUAUUUAGCAUGCGGUGUUGCUUAUUACUAGAGGUUAACGUGCGCUUCGCCACGCCGUCCUUCACCCAUGGGAUUAACUCUUUUUUCUAUGUUGGCUUGGGUUUAAAUUAUGUUAUGUUCUUUCGUUCA